AUGCGAACUCGAUCGAGUCGGUCAACUGAAGACUUGGUCGAGCUAGACAUUACAACGGGUAGAAAGAGGGUUCAGAGGUCACAGAGGGUACAAGAGGAACCUGAGGUGCUUGUUGCUGAUACAAUGGAUGUACCAGAGGGGAAUGGAAACCCUUUGGGUAAUGGACUCGGUCGAGCUAGGCAAACUCGACCGAUUGGUCAAGGAGAUGCUCCAAACCGCCACCAACAGAGACAAGGGAUUGUUCCACCACCAGUGCAGAACCACAACUUUGAGAUCAAGCUGGGAAUGAUCAACCUUGUCCAGAACAAGAUGUUCCAUGGAUUGCCAAGUGAAGACCCCAUUGACCACCUUGAUGAGUUUGAUAGGCUUUGUGAUUUGACAAAGAUCAAUGGUGUCUCUGAAGAUGCCAUCAAGCUGAGACUCUUUCCUAUGUCUCUAGCUGACAAAGCUCACCAAUGGGAGAAGAGCUUGCCCCAUGGCACAAUCACCACUUGGGAUGAAUGCAAGAAGGCCUUUCUUGCUAAGUUUUUCUCCACCGGUCGCACAGCCAAGCUUAGAGGAGAGAUAUCCAGCUUCAUCCAGCGAAACAAUGAGACAUUCGCAGAGGCUUGGGAGAGGUUCAAAGGCUACACAAGUCAGUGCCCACACCAUGGAUUCAACAAUGAAUCACUACUCUCCACUCUUUAUAGAGGAUGCUUGCCUAGGUAUAGGGAGAUGCUAGACACAGCUAGCAAUGGGAACUUCCUCAACCAGGAUGUAGAUGAUGGCUGGCAACUUGUGGAGAACAUGGCCAUAUCAACAGAAUGCUAUGGAGAGCAUAUGAAAGUACAGAUGGAGCUCGACCGCGCACUCGAUCGAGCUGGAGCUCAGAUGAGAAAGACAUGCUUGCACUCAACUCGAAGUUGGACAAACUGA